CGCAUAUGACAAAAUAAAAAAAUAAAAGCAUUUGGUUUUGACUAGGCUAGAUAGACUUCUGUCGAUAUAUUAAAUGAAAUGUUAAGGAAUAUUGUUACAAAGUUUAAACACAAUACAGUUAAUUCAAAAUGCACUCAACGAGUACGUUACUUAACUACACCCUCAAAGGAGGGAAUAGGAUUGGAAUCGCCGCCAGGCAGUGACUAUGAACUGCAAAAAGAACACAUACAGGAAGCUGUACAAGUUCAACCACUAUUGCAGUCCGUGUCGCCACAAAUGUGGCAAAAGGCACAUGCAACAUUUUCAAACCACGGGUUGGACACCAACAACUUCUUACGAAUUGUCACGGGAAAUCCUCAAGUUCUAAUGCGCUCGCCACAAAAAAUCAUAGAGACUCUUGAAUACUGGCGGUCCUGUCAAUUUGGUGAACAUUUCCUAUUCCUGCUGAUUACCAAAUACCCUGCCCUCUUGGAUGUCGACGAUAAGAGAAGGUUGCUAAAACACAUAACAUUUCUUCGUAGCUAUGUUGGUACAACUAAAAAUGUAUGGAAACUUUUGAUGAAUUGCCCAACAUUAAUUGAACAAUCUACCGAUGUCAUAGAAGCUAAAAUAGUUUACAUGAAGGAAGUCAUGCGUAUAGAAAUACCAGAGAUUGUUAAAUCAGAGGCACUCUCGAAAUCUUUAGAUGAGAUCAAGUAUAGGCAUAUCUUCUUGGAACGCUUGGCUUUGUUCAAGCCUCGACCGCUUAAAGCUGAUCCAAAUGAGCCUAGCAAAAAUCCACGUUUGUACAAAAUAACCGAUACAUCUGAUAAAACAUUUGCGACAAAGGUGUGUCAUGUCUCAUUGGCAGAGUAUGAGGCAUUUAAAGAACUGUUUUCCCGGGAAUUGGAAAGAAAACGAAGAGAAGAAGAGGACGAUGAAGAAGAAAACAUGGAUGAAGACGUAUCGGAUGAUGAUGAUAGAUACCUAACAAAUAAUAGGAUUAAAACGAAAUGAAAUGGAUUUGCUAAUAAUGUUAAAUUGUUUAUAUGAUGGAUUUUUAAGUUUAUUGCAAUGAAUACAGCUGCUCUUUUGGAGGCAAAUUGCCGGAAUAUUUACUAA